CCUCAGAGCAGCCCACCUCCUCUCCCAGAGCCCGGCGUUCGCGGACAGAUCUGACCGCGGAUCAGCGCACUCGGCUCCCUCCAACACUACGAGUUACACCAACUGGGACUCAGACCAGAGGAAAUCGUGUUCGUCGGUAGCCAGGUCCACACGCCAAGACUCAUCCACAGCAGAGCACGGCGAAGGAUCGGACAAGAAGGGAUCGAGGAUCCAGGGGAAGGAAGAACGCUCCGAGCCACACGGGGAGUUUUGAGGCAGAAACACAAUUUAGAGGAGAGAGGACUGGCCGGCCCCGCUGAAGGAAGGAGUAGUAUUACGCGUAGCUAAUUUCCAACAUUUUCUAUUCUUGGCAGCGGGAGUGUGCUCUCCGAGCCACAUUUAUAAAGAGAGCUAGCGGAAUGUAAUGCUAGCAAGCUAGCUAAUGUUAGCUAGCUAAUUAGCUCGUCAGGCAUCUGAGAGUCAGACGUGUGAUCUUUAUUAAAAUAGGUCAGUGUUUGGCGUCGCUUCACUCUUCUUUUUUUCUUGGAAAAAGCUGUACUUAAUGUGCUUCGUGUAGGAUCCUGGCAUGGUCACAAUGAUCUGCCUCGCAUAGCUAAAGCUAAGUUAGACAAUAAACAGUGGAGGCUUCCUAUAUAUUGAUGAGAAUCUGUCCGGUAUUAUAGGGAAAAUCCAUUGUGAUUAUCGAGCUGUGGACAAAUCAGAAGGCAAAGGUAGAAAAAAACAAAACAGAACAAGACUUUUGACUGGUGACUGUCUGCCGUCCAAUGUUAAUGUCGACCGACGUUGCAUCUAUAAUGCUACCCGUUAGUCGGGGAAUAAUGGACCGGGAAAGGGACAUUGAUACAGCGGCCGGACCCCUCGCCAACGCGGCCGGGGGUCCAGCGGUGGUCCGGGGGAUGAAGCGUGGAGACCCGGAGCCUGACGCUCAGACAGCCGCUGCCCUCACCGACUUGGCCGGGGCGGAGUGCAAAAGACCAAGAAUAGACGGGACCGAGAGUGUUGUUGGUGACAUUGGACAGAACAAUGAGCCUUUAAACCCCGGUUUCCAUGGAUACCCACCUCACAGUCAGGGCUCUCAGGAUUCGACAGGAGGACAGGAGGGCUUGGUGGCCCCACCGUUCGCAGCCUUCCCCCCUCCGCCCCCUCCUCAGAACGGGCUACCGGGGACAGAGUUUGGUCCUGGGGCCAUGUUUGGUGCCGGGGGCCAAGGUACAGCAGAAGUAGGGGCUGGUGCUAACGGAGCCACCACCUCCUCCACCGCCAGCAACAACAAUGUGAAGCCGGAGGAGACGUCUCAGGGUGAGGCAGGUGUACAGUGUGGUGCAGGAGGGGCAGGAGGCUCCGCCGGAGACUCCGCGGAGGCCAAAGGGACCCCGAAACGCCUCCACGUCUCAAACAUCCCCUUCCGCUUCCGGGACCCUGACCUCAGGCAGAUGUUUGGGCAAUUUGGGAAGAUUCUGGAUGUAGAGAUUAUUUUCAAUGAAAGGGGUUCAAAGGGUUUUGGCUUUGUGACAUUUGAGAACAGCGCAGACGCAGAGAAAGCCAGGGAAAAGCUCCACGGCACGCUGGUGGAAGGUCGCAAGAUUGAGGUGAAUAACGCUACCGCCAGGGUGAUGACUAACAAGAAAAUGGUCAGCCCCUAUCCUAAUGGAGAGGCUCUCAGCACGCUGCCCUAUGCUGGGUGGAAAUUGAGUCCUAUGGUGGGAGCCGUGUACGGACCAGAGCUCUACGCAGUCCCAGGGUUUCCCUACCCUUCAGCAGCUGCAGCAGCAGCCACAACAGCGGCAGCAGCGUUUCGCGGCGCCCACCUCAGGGGCCGAGGCAGGCCCGUCUACAGCGCUGUGCGGGCUGCUGUGCCUCAGCCUGCCAUCCCUGCCUACCCUGGACUAGUGUUUCAGGACUCAGUCCUUAGUCCCAGAUUGCCUCAGGGAGGCUACCCUGCUGCUGCCGCCGCCGCCGCCGCCGCCUAUCGCUACGCCCAGCCUGCUGCUGUAACCGGAGCAACCGCCGCAGCUGCCGCCUACAGUGACAGUUACGGCCGGGUGUACACUACAGAUCCAUACCACGCUUUAACUCCAGCUGCUGCUGCGUACGGAGUAGGAGCCAUGGCCAGUUUAUACCGGGCGGGAUACAGUAGGUUUGCUCCGUACUAAAACCACAAAUCACAUCCAAGGAAUUUCAAUCUGCUCCACAAACCCUUUUUUCAAGCUCUUUGGCAGCAGUUCCCUUCCAUUCUUCUGCAGGCAGACUAUUGUGACAACUCGUGUGUGUUUUCUUUCUUUUUUCUUUGUUUUCUGGUUUGUGUUGUUUUUUUUCCUCUCUUGUGGCGAGGAGGGAGGUCUUUGCCACAUCAUCAGCUCCAACUGUGUUUCUGUACUCUUCUUCUUUCUUCUGUUGCUGACGUGGAAACGAUGAAAAAAAGCUAAACUGCCAGGAGUUUAAAAAAACUGAACAGCUGGAACCUGCUACUUUUGGACUACGGGACACAAUUCAGGAUGGUUUUUAAAACACUAUAGGAUCUGGAAACAGACGGACUGGCUGUUCUUGUGUGAUCCUGCACACUACAAAUGUUUUUCCUGAGUUUUUUGAACUUACAGUAUAUCCACUGCCCUAAUCAGACCUAUAUACACACACUUUACAUUCAGCACCAAGUAUACAGUCUCCUCUACAUUUUCCUUUAGUGACUGACACAGCACUACGAAAAAAAAAGGUACUUAUGUUUUUGAACACUACAUUGACAUAGAACUGCCCGCUCUGCAGCAGUCAUCCCCCCGAUUUAACAUUGUAUAAUAAUGAAAAAAAGAAUCAAAAGGUGCGCUCCAUGCAGAUGUUGGACUCAGAAGCAUCACAAACCACUGUUCUCCAGCAAACUAUGAACAAUAUGGCAUGUCUCUCUUCUUUUUUUUCACUUUCUAUCAUUUUACAACUUUCGCCCAAGCAUAUAAGGAAAAAAAACGACAAAAAAACUACUCUUUAAAGAAGAAAAAGACAAGGAAAAGAAACAAGUGACUGUUUUUUUCUGCAUUACCUCAGUUUUUCUUGCCUCUGUUUUGUCGUGCUGCCAUCGAUAAGUCAUUAUUACAAAAUGUGGGUGCGUUAGUUUCGUUUUUUGGUUUUUAUUGCAACACUAAGAUGGAGCGUGGGAUCAGUUUCUACCCCCGUAUGUAACUGCACCUCCCUUCUAAGGCUUCAUGUGCUUCUUCCAAAAAAGGACUCAUUUCUGUCUCCUAAACCGUCAGACAUUCCAGCUGUAGCGGCGACGCGGUGAACGAACGGAUCGGAUGGACAAAGAACCACAGAGUGUAAAAUGAACUAGAUUUUAGCUCCCACGCACACGGCAGACUAAUCAUCUGCCAGUCAGCCGAAUGGGGAUCCCUCCUGGCCGAUUGAGAUAUUUCUGCCUACGGGCUUCAGGCUGAUGGCGUCUGAUCUCAACUCAGAGCAGCCCAGAUUAGAAUACAGCGAAGCACACUGAAACCGAAAGAUGUAAGUCUUGACAAAAAAAACACAAUGAGAUUUAAGCAGCAGUUUUCUAUUUAUAUUCAAUGUUUUCACUAGCUGUCCGCGUCAUGAUGUGAUUUCAAGUUCAUCAUCAUCAUCAUGGUCUCUGGGAUCGUUUAGUUUUUCCUUACCGGUGCAUCUGAAGGCAUGGCAAACAACUUAACUCUGUCCUGUAUGUACCCAUAUAUUCUCACUAUGUUAUGUCUGUUUUUUUUUUUUUUUUUUUUUGCCUUUUUGGUUCCAAAGAUUUUCUGACAAAAAAAGCACAUUUUUGGUCCUGAUGUAUUUCUUAUUUUUUUGUGGGUUUUUUUGCUCUAUUUUUGUAUGUGUGUGUCGGAGCUGGAGAACACAUGGGAACUCUGACCUGCAAACACCACGCCGCCGUUGACACACUAAUUUAUUGGCUCUUUUUUUUCUUUCUUUCUUUUUAGCGCUGACACACGAACACAGUGUAGAUGCGGAGGUGUUUGCUGCAGACGAGGGAAAUCAGAGCAGAUGGGGAGUCAUGAGGGGAAGACCCGCGGUAGGCCACGGGAGGAUAUUUCCCAGCAGGGCCAAAUUACAGUAAAUGGAAUGGGAGGGUCGGGGGGUAGAAGGUGUAGAAGGGGGAGAGGGGGAGAGGGGAGGCUCCACGCAAUGUCAAAAGGGCCCCGUGGCCCAGCGGUGGCCACCUUGUUUUGAACAAUGAAACGACGUGUGGGCGCUCAGUGGAGGGACGUCGGUGAAGGUGAGAAGCUGAGCCAUUAGUCACUAGCUGACAGAAUAACAACGCCCCCCCCACCGCUGUCGUCAUCUUUUUUUUCAGGGGGUACAGUGGCGACGAGGGGCGAUAUUUGAUUGUGCGCAGUCGGUCCGACGAGUGUUUUUUUUCCCUUAUUAUUCCUUACGAGUAUUACCAGAAGUGUUGCUAUGCAUGCUUUCGCGAGAGAGAUAGAAGGGAGGGGGGGGGGGGGGGGUCUGGCUUUUCUUUUUCAUUUGUGCAUGAAUUCAAAUCCUAGUGCUGGAGGAGGAAGCGGAGGUCGGGGUGUUUACAUAGGAAGUGGAAAGAAGGGAUGCGAGGAGACGGGUCCGGGGCCAAGCGUCUGUCUGGCUUUAUGGUAGCUGAUUGAGUCCUCUUCAAUAAUCUGGGUUAUCUCUGCUCUGUGCCUCUGUGGUCACCGUGGUAAUCACCAGUCAUAUCAGAUGUGUAAAGUUUAAUUUGGUAUGCCUGCACCCCUCGUGGUUUGCUUUUAUAAUGAACAUAAAACUCAAAAGUGAUAGAAUGACAGCACCGGCCCACCCGGCGAUAACGCUCGCCGCUCUUUGGAAUGAAGUCUCCGCACGGAGACGGUGAUCCGGCAGCUGUUCCCAUGAACCUGCCCACCAACGUGUUCCUUUAACAGCUUCUCCACCUCGCUCAUGCAGCCGGCUGAAGCAGCGACUCCUUCGCUCGUUUUGUCAUUGGAAAGGCUUCAGAAAUAACCACAGAGGUGUGCUGGAAGGACACUACAGUCAUCCCCGCUGACCCUGACUCAGCCCAGUCAACCCAGUGGGAGUUUUUGUACAGCGAUUUAAUAAAUGGGUUUGAAUUGCAUGUGAAGGUUUUUUUGUUUGUUUUAUUUUAAAUUUUUUAUUUUUUUUGGUCACAUGCGCUCAAAAAGCUCAUUUAUCCAAGUGAUUUUUUAAAAAUAAGUGACAUGUAUUAUCUCACGAUGUUUUAUUUUUGCCAUCCUUGUGUCUGCCUUCUGUUUAUUCUCCAUUAUUAUUGAAUGUAUAUAAUAAAUAAACUGUUUGGUUUUUA